AUGGACAGCCACUCUGCACCAGACCCUUCUGCCUCAUCGCAGAACGAGCAAAGCCACCCAAGAUUCAAGCUCACACAGAUCAAGACGCACUCUACCGCUGCCGUCUUCACCCCUGGUCACAAGCACAAGUCUAGUGUCGCGACGGCAAGCAUCGACGAGCCGCGCUUCGAUAUACAACAUUAUCGCUCGUGGGCCCGGAAACAGAGGAAUAGGGCCCGUUACAACAUUUGGUCCAGGCUCGAUAAUGCCUUCAAUGCUUGGUACCAGAAAUGGAUUAUCGAGACGUUGCUAAGGCAAUAUCCCCUUCCACCGAGCAAUGAUGGGCGUCAUGUCCCCUUGGAAUUUGGUCGUGUGCGAACAACACCAUUGACAGAUGAGCGUACUGGAAACAAAAAGCCAUACGUCUCAAACUUCAUUAGAUCCACUCGUUAUACACUAUGGAGCUUUCUGCCGAAACAACUUUACUUCCAGUUCAGCAAGCUGGCAAAUUUUUACUUUCUCAUCAUUGCCAUUCUUCAGCUCAUCCCUGGCUUGAGUACCGUGGGAAGUUACACCACUAUGGCUACAUUAAUUCCGUUUGUUGCCAUCAGCAUGGCAAAGGAAGGGUGGGACGAUUACAGGAGGUAUAAACUCGACAAGAAGGAGAAUCGUAGCCACGUCUUGGUCCUCGACCCCGAGAGGACUGUUACUGACGCAAAGGUGGCCAAAUUAGCCACCACCAUGGAGUCUCGAGCAGACGCAGAAGUGGCUGAAUUGGAUGACUUGUCCUCCGACGAGAACCUAUGGUCGCAUAUUCAAUGGCAGAACCUUCGAGUCGGCGACAUUGUACGCCUCCGCCGCGACGAGAGUGUGCCUGCUGAUAUUGUCCUGUUGCAUGCCUCCGGCCCAUCGGGGAUUGCUUAUAUCGAGACCAUGGCUCUAGAUGGCGAGACUAACCUCAAGAGCAAGGUGGCCUGCGCCCUGCUCGCCAAACGAUAUCAUGACCUCGGCAACCUUCGACGUUGCACGGCUGAAGUCGUGUCAGAGGAUCCAAAUCUCGACCUAUACAACUACGAGGGCCGCGUUACCCUGAAUGGAGAAACAAUGCCCCUCACCCUCAACGAGGUUGUCUAUCGAGGUUCCGUCCUGCGAAACACGACGCACGCCACUGGUCUUGUCAUCAAUACCGGAGAAGAGUGCAAAAUCCGCAUGAAUGCUAACAAGGAGAUCCACGCCAAGUCGCCGGCGAUGCAACGAAAAAUUAACCACAUUGUUUUAUUCUUGGUUGCCUUUGUCGCAUUUCUCUCCGUGGGGCUCACGACAGCAAACGCGAUUUGGAAACAUCACUACUUACAUAAUGGCUGGUAUAUUACCUCGGUCUCGGUGAAAGAGAUACUGAUUGGCUAUAUCAUCAUGUUCAACACUCUCGUCCCGAUAUCGCUGAUUGUCAGUCUCGAAGUCAUCAAGCUUGGUCAGCUACUGCUUCUUCAGGACGUCGAAAUGUACGACGCCGAGACGAAUACUCCCAUGAUUGCCAAUACGACUACCAUCUUGGAGGACCUUGGCCAGGUCGGCUACGUCUUCUCGGAUAAGACCGGCACCCUUACCGAGAACAAGAUGCGAUUUCGAAAGUUGAGCGUGGCUGGUAGUGCAUUCUUACAUGACCUUGAUGUCAGGCGUGAAGAGGCGGAAAAGCAAAAGCGAGCUGCAACUUGGAAGGGCAAAGGCAAAACCAGAAAUAUGGACUCUGCGUCUACCUCCCACCCGAGCCACACCGAGGCAACGAAGACACCGCUAAUCGAGCAUGAGACGAGCGGUCCGAGGCGCUCUUCGAGCAUCGCUUGGGCUUCUACCGGCCGCCCCGCCCACGCGCAGCCUGACGUAAACACGGAAAGUCUUCUGCAUUACAUUUACCAAAAGCCGAACACGGCGUUUUCCAGAAAGGCUCGCCAUUUCCUCCUCUGCAUAGCUCUUUGCCACACCUGUCUUCCAGAGGUGAGGGGCGACGGCCAGAUCGAGUUUCAAGCAGCCUCUCCUGACGAGCUAGCUUUGAUCCAAGCAGCACAAGAACUUGGCUAUUUGCUCAUUGACCGACCCUCCCAGGCUGUGAUACUCCAGAUUAAGCAAGGCAACGAUGGUCCUUUGUCCACCGAAAGAUACGAGGUCCUUGAUGUAGUUGAGUUCAGCAGCAAGCGCAAGCGCAUGUCAAUGGUGCUUCGUAUGCCGGAUGGGCGCAUAUGCGUCAUUUGCAAGGGAGCGGACAGUGUGGUCCUGCCCCGUCUCAAGCUGGCUCAUCUAGCGAUGCAGAAAAUCUCAGACAUCAGCCGCAAGGCAACUUUGAGAAAGAGCGUCGAGGCCUCUCGAGCGCUUCAGAGGAAGAGCAUGCAGCAACAGCGCAGCAUUGACAUUGUCAGAGCCGCUUCUGCAAAACAGCAUCACUACAGAGGAGUCAAUGCGCCGAACCGAGCCUCUCUGGUGAGUGGCGAGGUUGCCCAUUGGCUUGAUGAGAGGGAGAAUGAAGACCUAGACGACCAAGGACACGGAGAAGCAUACACUAGUCCAGUGGUGAUGUCUCCUGUCUUUUCUGGUGCUGACGGUGAAUUGGAGGGACUGGUAGACGAGUCUAUUGCCUGCUCGGAUAGUGCCAUUUUUGAUCGUUGUUUCCAGCACAUCGACGAUUUUGCAUCCGAGGGACUCCGCACCCUGCUUUACGCCUAUCGCCAUAUAUCCCAAGAGGACUACGCCUCGUGGCGGAAGACGUACCAAGCCGCAACAACAAGCCUGGUAGAUCGGCAGAAGCGCAUAGAAGAGGCCGGCGAUUUGCUAGAGCAGGACUUUGAGCUCGCCGGGGCAACAGCCAUUGAGGAUAAACUCCAGGCCGGAGUUCCAGAAACCAUCGACAAACUGCGAAGAGCAAACGUCAAGGUCUGGAUGUUGACCGGCGACAAGCGCGAAACCGCCAUCAACAUCGCACAUUCUGCUAGAAUCUGCAAAGCCUUUUCAGAGGUCUACGUGCUUGAUGCAACAAAGGGAGAAUUGCAGGAGACCAUGGCUUCGACGCUUGUUGAGGUUGCCCGUGGCAUGAUUGCGCACUCUGUUGUCGUCAUUGAUGGCCACACGCUCAGCGUUGUUCAAGAAGAUGUGACGCUAAGGGCAAUGUUCGUCGAUCUGGCAGUCAGAUCGGACUCAGUCAUAUGCUGUCGUGCAUCGCCCUCCCAAAAGGCACACCUGGUCAAAUCUGUUCGGGACGCUGUGCCUAAUUCAGUCACACUCGCCAUAGGCGAUGGCGCCAACGACAUUGCCAUGAUCCAAGCAUCGCACGUUGGCAUUGGCAUAUCCGGUCGAGAGGGUCUACAGGCGGCCCGUACGUCUGAUUAUUCAAUCGCGCAGUUUAGAUUCUUGCAACGAUUGCUCUUUGUUCACGGGAGAUGGAAUUACCUCAGAACAGGAAAAUACGUCCUGGCAACCUUUUGGAAAGAAAUGUUCUUUUUCUUGGCUCAAGCACAAUUCCAACGCUGGAAUGGGUACACGGGCACAUCACUUUACGAAAGCACUGGCCUUGCCGUGUUCAACUCGCUUUUCACAUCGCUCUGUGUCAUUAUUCCAGGCAUCUUUGAGAAAGAUCUCGAGGCAUCGACGUUGCUCGCUGUCCCAGAACUAUACACCUACGGCCAAAAUAAUGAAGCAUUCAAGUAUACAAAGUACGCAGGAUGGACGACCAUGGCCAUUCUACAAAGUCUCAUAAUGUACACAAUCGUGCACUACUUGUACGGUUCGCACGCUACCGACCUCUUUGCUAUUGGCCAGCUUGUUUUCACCGUUGCCGUAGUGUUCAUCAACACCAAACUAUUCAUACUCGAAAUGCACAGCAAAACCAUCAUCCCGCUCAUCGGGUGGCUUCUCAUGGUCGGUGCCUGGUUUUUAUGGAACAUAUCGAUGGCUGUCUCGGGAAUAGCACACAAGAACCAGCAAAUUCAAUUUCCCGUAAACAACAACUUCACCAAAGGCUUUGGGGCACAAGCGCUCUGGUGGGUCACAUGUAUACUUACCUUGGCGGCCUUGACCGUUUUCGAGCUCUGUGUGUGCGCUCUGAGGCGUGUCUACUUUCCUAAAGACCAGGAUCUGUGGCAGGAAAUCGAACAUUUGGGCGCAGGCAAGGUUUUGGAGGAACAUGCUGCUGCAACCGACAUUGAAAGAGGCGAGCAUCAAGGCGCCGCCAUCACAUCUGGUUUGGGGGGCGAGGCCUUGGGGAAGAUUGACAGCGGCGGGACGGUCGAGCCUUAG